AUGAACCCCCAGAUGGGCCAGCAAGGCCAACAGCCUCAGGGCCAGCAGCCCCAGGGACAGCCGCCGCCCAUGUAUAAGCCGGCCCAGAUUCGAAACCUUCCCACACUUAGCGACGAGGAGAAGUCCAAAUACGAGCAGGGCCUCCAAGGUCUAUGGAACAAGGCCGAGGGUUCACCUCCAAACAGCCCGGAGAAUAUCGCCGCGCGACAGAAGAUCAUCGAGUUCUCUAAGAAAUUGAUCACCAAGAUCCAACAGCGCCGGGCCGCACAGCAUCGUAUGCAGAUGCAGUUGCAGCAGCAGCAGCAGCAGCAAGGUCAAACCCAGCAGCAACCUCAAGGUCAGAAUGCGCAACAGCAGCCUCGUCCUCAGGGAGUGCAGCAGGCGGCUGCCGGACAAGCGACACCUCAGUCACAACCUCAACAACAAGCAAUGGGCGCCGCCGUAGCCCCAGCCGCCAACGCCAGCGCGCCGACACCGAAUCCUCAAGCUGCCGCGACCGCCGCAACCACUACUCAGCCGAUACCGAUCCCCGAGCACAUCAUGAGCCAUGUCAACAAGAUGAACUUCCAGGCUCCGGCACAGCUGGCCGAGAGGUCUGGAGCCAGCGCUACUAGGUGGGUUGAGGAGAUUAAGGAGCGAUACGGUCGCGCCCUUAUGACGAUGGAGAGCAGCAAGCAGCGGGUGGCGCAGAUUGAUAAAAUCAUCAACGACCGAAAUCAGGCCGGAAAUCCCUUCAGCGAAGAGGAGAUGAGGCAACUACAAAUUCGGAAAGAGCGCCAGCUCAAGUCACACGCCGACGCCCAUAAGUGGGUUGACAGUGUUCGCAAGCAGCAGACCAACCUCCAAGGUUCUAUCCAGGCACAGGCAGCCACUCCUGCCCAACAAGCUGGUCAACAAGCUGCUGCUGCUGCCCAGGCUCAGGCUCAGGCUCAGACACAGGCUACCGCACAAGCACAAGCGCACGCACAAGCUCAGGCACAAGCACAGGCUCAGGCUCAGGCUCAGGCGCAGGCUCAGGCGCAAGCAGCACAAAACCAAGCGCGGGCAGGUCAGGCCCAAGCCAAUCCGCAGAACAACGCGCAGACCACGGCUGCGCCUGUGAACGCGGCUAUUGAGGCUGCCAAGCAUCAAAUAGCGGCUGGUCGCGCUUCUCCUGUCAAUGGAACGCCAGGUGCUGCGCCAGCACAACAACAGGUGCGCCCAGCACAAGGAACUCCUCAGCCAGCCCAACAACAGCUGCCGCCUCAGCAACAACCGCAACAGCAGCAACAACAGCCAGCACCACCUCAGCCUCAACCUCAGGUCAAGCAAGAACCCCAUACCGCCCCUGCAAAUCCCUCGAUGGUCGCCGCAGCGAGUCAAAGCCAAACUGGGACUCCUACCCAGAACACCCCCCGAAUCCCUACGCCUCAGAAUGCGGCGGCGGCAGCGGCAGCGGCCGCCGCUCCUGUUACGGCUGGAGGACCGACCCGGGCGCUCAGUCAUUCGGCUGCCAUGAGUCUCGCAAACCAGCGAGCUGCCAGCACUCCCGGCAGUGCCCAAGUGCCUGGUCAGCCUGCCAGUGCUGGGACACCGACACCCGGAAGUGCAGUGAAUCAGGGUGUGAUGGGGCCUAACGUACCGCAACAGCCACAACAAGGUCACCCUCACGCCCAUCCACCACAACCUCAGCAAACACCGAUGCAGUCUAAAAUGCCUAUCCCCAAGGUGCUCCCUGAGAAGGCCGUGGCCGUGCCUCAGGGAGUCGCAGUCGGAGGAGGUGUCAACACCGGGCGGCCUACAAUGUCACAGGGAAGUGGCACGCUCGGCGGAGUUAUGAAUCAACCGGCCAUGUCUAGAGUCCCAGCCUACAACCACGAGGCCGAGGGUGACCAUGUUUUGAGCAAGAAGAAAUUGGAUGAGCUUGUUCGACAAGUUUGCGGAGGCUCUGCCGAGGGUCAGGAUGGAAACCUGCUCACCCCCGAGGUAGAAGAGAACGUUUUGAACAUGGCAGACUCAUUUGUGGACAGUGUCCUCCAUGCGGCGUGCCGAAACUCGAAGGAGCGUGGGUCUAAGGUACUCGAGAUUCGAGAUAUCCAGCUCGUGCUGGAGCGCACAUACAACAUCCGUGUGCCUGGGUACUCGUCCGAUGAGCUGCGUACCGUCCGGAAGAUUCAGCCAUCAACAGGUUGGAUUGCGAAGAUGAGUGCCGUCCAGGCGGCCAAGGUCAUGCCGGGCAAGGGUGAAUGA